AUGACGGAAAAGAACAGAGUGGCGAUAUUAGAGUUGAUGAAACAGCCUUCAAAUAACACGUGUGCGGAUUGUGGAGCUCCAAGUAAGAAUUUUAAGCUAAGGUCGUCAUUCUACUUCGCCAGAGGGCCCACUCUGAAAAUUUAUUACGAAUUUUCGUUUGAUUCCCUUCGAAACUUCCUGUAAUGUUUUGUCGUGCAGAUCCCGAAUGGUCAUCGGCGUCAAAAGGGCUGUUCAUUUGUAUCACGUGCAGUGGAAUUCAUCGGAAUUUAGGACCUCAGCUCUCUGUGGUCAAGAGUCUGAGGCUUGAUACUUGGACCGAUGAAAAAUUGAAGGUAAACUCGAUAUUAGUCGUGGUGUGUGCGACUUUCAGUGCGUCAAAGCGCUAAGAUUCCUCUUAAAAUCUUACAAUACACCGUGUGUUCUCAGAUAUCACUGCUCUAAACCAUCUUCUCCGAUCAUUUGACUUUAUUAGUAAAUUAUGAAAAGGCUUAAUUCAAUUUUUUUGUCAGGUUUAGCCAUGAGUUUCUGAAAUCAACACUAACACAUACAUAGGAUUUACGCCUAAAACCUGGAAAAUACUCAGUUCGAAUCUUUAUCAACAAGGUCACCACCUUGAUUUUUUCGCUGUAUUCCGCCUUAAUUAUCUCUGCCAGGAAAAUCAUCCAUUGCAUAAGCAGUGAUGAGAUAUUUCAAAGAGUUUCCUAUUCAUUUCCUUGCUCAGCUGUAAUUUAUCAGAAAUGUUUACAAUGCAAAAUUAACGUGACCAUUUAUAUUGAUUACAGUUCAAUUGACGUCUAUAAUUAUCUUACUGAGUUUUCCGAUAUAAAUAUUCAAUAUAACAGCUAUUAUGAACAACAAAUAAAUACAAAACGGUUGUGUUUAAAUUCCAUAUUAUGACUGGCACGACAAGUCAACAGGAAACAAAGAUAAUCGUAUAAGCUGUACUUUGACAUUUAUCAUACGGACAAAUAUGUAGAAAAUCUAAAAAAUUAUAUGUAUCAGAAUUAAUCAAGAUAAAGAGAAAGGCCCAGAGUUGAACGGCAAAAAUAUUUUUUCAUUUUAACUUAGAGCUAAGUGACUGCAUAGUUUAGAAUUAACAUACUAUUUAUAGGAUAUAAUUGUAACAAAGAUAUUACUAGAAAUAAUUUACUAAUGCCUGUUUCCUGAGGAUUCUACAUUUGUUUAUAGCUUGUUAAUUGUUUGUUGUGAUUCAGUAUUUUUUAAGGUUUAAAAAAUUUCAAUCCUGUUUUAUAGUUAUUUAUUAUUAUUAUUUGUUUUGUAUGAUACACAAGAAAAAUGUUGUUUAUGGUGAUAUCAUGUAUGUGUCUGUCCUUUUCUAGAUCAUAACUAAGAUCCAGCUAAUUAUAUAAAAUAUUUUAAUAUGAAAUAUGAACAUAUUUGACAUUUAUCAUUUUUUAACCCUAUAACCCCUAAGAGUGAGUGGCAUCUAAUUUCUCCUUACAAUAUCUGGGCUGAAUCAAACAUAAUGGUUGGGAGAAUAAAGGAAAUGAUCACAAACUAAAGAAGCUCUUGACUUGUCAAGCAAAUUCUCCUUGUCAGCACAUUAGUAAAUGUGUUGAUAACAACAUGUAGAAUAUCAAUAUUGAUAUUUGAAAGGAAAUAUAUUCAUAUUACUGGGUCAAACUAUUAAUAAGUCUACUUGUUCUAAAUUUGACAUUCCCCUCAUGUUUUCUUUUUGAAACCCUUAAGCUGACUGCCAAUUAUUUAUUUGACAAAUACUUUCCUAUUUUUAAUUCUUGAAGUAACUAUAUACAAUCCCCCAGUUAAAAAAAUUGGAGAAAUCGUCAACGGUUCGUCAACCAAUAAAAUUUAAUCCUCUUAUAUCUUCAGGUGUAGGAGUAAUUUAUCGCUUUUCAUCUGAAAUUUUCAAGUGACUUCCUGGUAUCACCUAGUCUCCUUUUCAGCCAUUCAUUCUUUGGAUGUCACACAAUUCUUUUGGAGGAAACAUUGCAUGAAAUCCAAAGAAUGGCUCCAAAGGAGACUAGGUAUCACCAGGUAGGCAUUUAUUGUAAUAAAGCAAGUCUGUAGACUGAUACUAAAACAAAAAAAAAACAACCAAACAACCCAACAACAUGCCCAAAAAAUUUUAACUGUAAUUUAGUAUUUUACAUGUAAGGAAAUCACCACAAUUUAUUUAAGUGGAGUGAAAAAGAAAAGAAUUUGGCAACACAGUGACUGUCAACUGUUGUCUUAACCCUUUAACUCCCAAGAUCUCAUUAUUAAUUCUCUUUACUGUCUGUCAAAUGAUUCUCAUCAUGUUAGUCUGGAGAAUUUGGUAUUGGAUUAAUUAGUAAUCCCAUAAUUGAUAUUUUUCUUCAUUCUCAUCACUUGUCUUCAUGAUAUAGUAUAAAUAUAGUAAGGAGAAAUUCUGUCUUGGUCACUCAUGGGGGUUAGAGGGUUAACUAAGACAAUUUGGAAAAUAAGAUAAAAGGGAGGAGAUUGUCUGAAUAAUUCAAUAAUGACAUAAUAGUAAUUGAACAACCAGGUAAUUUAAAUGUGUUAGCUUGUUAUCGAGUAUACAGCAGAUCAGAAAAUAUUUUAAUUAUUUUCUUAUACAUUUAUUGAUGCAUGUCUUUCAGUUCAACUUUUUAUGUACUGACAUUUUUUAAGUUAACAAUAUUCUGUUUACAAAUAAUUAUAAAUAUUAUCAGUCAGAGCACCAGUAAUGUUUCAAUAAUGAUCAAGCAGUCUUGGAAUCUCGUUGAUAUUUGUCUGACAUUGUAUUGUAGAACUGAGUGGAGAGAGAUAUUGUACAGCAGGUAAAUAAACUGUGGACCAGACACCCUUGGUGUUAAGUCAAACAAUUUCCUAUAAUAAUCUUUUUUUCUUGCUCCUGUUUUUUUCUUUUCUUCUUCUUAGUUCAUGGAAGAGCAUGGUAAUGCUAAGGGAAAUGCUGUAUGGGCCAAGAACGUCCCUCUUUGCUAUCGGCGACCAAAGCCAUCAGAUGCACAGUAAGUACACUUUUUAAUCAAUGGUUUAGAAUUACACACUUUUUUAUUGUCAAUACUUGGGGCUACAUUAAUACUACAGUGAGUGAACAGAUAAUUGUUUAAGAUUUUCAAAUUGUUAACUCUUAACUCCCAGAAGUGAUGAAUGUGUAACUUCCUCCUAUAAUAUCCCCAUAUUAUUGAGCAAACAGGCAAUGAGAACACUCCAACUUAUCAGGUAGAAGUUGUUUGAUCUAGCACCAAAUUAUUGCAACUAAUUUACAAGGAAAUGUGUAGCAGCUAGAGGAGAGAAUUAACAAUCAAAUACUGGGAGUUUAUGUGUUAAACCUGAAGGGUCUUCUUGUAAGAAGGAUAUUUGCAACUGGAGGUGCCUUACUGGUACUUGUGCAUUCAAUAAAAGUGUGACUGUGAACUGUGAACAGCUCAAUUCUGUUGUAGGAGUCUAUUUGUGUUUUAUGCUUUAUGUAACAUUGCUUUUUGUUGUUAACUUCAAAAGAAAAUGCCAAGCAGCAUGGUUUAUUUGUUCUUAAUUUAUACCUGAUAUGGCAUAGAAAAUUUUGAAAUGAUUUCCCAUCUUUUUCCUCUCCUAAUUCAUUUUCCUUUUUUUAAUUUUGUGAAAAUUCAUAGUGUGCUCAGGGAGCAGUGGAUAAGAGCAAAAUAUGAACGAACAGAGUUUAUUGAUGGUGCACCAGAGCCAAGUUAUUUAACAGGUACAGUGAGAGGCUAGCUUUAGAAAACCCUGUAAAUCAAUCUGUCUGUGUGUGUGUACAAAUAACUUGUACACUGAUGCACUCUCUUUUGGCUGUGAAUAUAUUAAAGUUAUAUUCAUGCACUCUCUUAUGUUGUGCUAGUAAUUUUUCCUUGGUUUGUAGAUUAAAUGAACUUUUUUUUUCUCCUACUGAUUUUGAUUUUCAAAAUUGAUAAUUAAUGUUUAUUAAUUGACUUAUUGUAAUUUAUGUUUCCAGGCUCAUUGAGAGGAUAUUUAAGAAAAAAAGGAAAAGAAGAUAACAGUUGGAACCUAAGACUUUUUGUUCUAUCUGCAGCAGACAACUCACUUGCUUACUACAUUAGAGAUCAGGUAUAUUAGUUGUCAUGCUUGGAUAUGGGAAAAAUUGGGCAAGAAUUUCUAUUGCCUCUAAAACAUGAUAUCUUUAUCAUAAUUUAUGGACAGAGAUACUCUGACCAACAUGUGACAAUAUCAUUGUUGUCUUGGAAUGUAGCUAAAUGAAAUUAUGUAAUUAACCCUUUAACUCCCAAGAUCUGAUUGUUAAUUCUCCCCUGUAGCUGCUACACAUUUCCUUGUAAAUUAGUUAUGAGAACUUGGUGCUAGAUCAAGAUAGCAGCAUCUACCUGAUAAGUUUGAAUAUUCUCAUUACCUGUUUGCUGAAGAAUGUAUAGGUAUUGUAAGGAGAAGUUUUAUGUUGAUCACUUCUGGGAGUUAAACUACUUUGUGAGUUCAUAUGUGAUUAUCUUGUCACUCUAAAUUUGUUUUAAGGAUAGGGAACCAAAAAGUAAUUUGAAAAUCACUGAGAUUAACGUCACCUUCGCGGAAGAAAGAACAAACAAGGAAAAUAGUCUUCAGAUAACAUAUGUCACAAAAGGACGGACAAGGAAUUACUUUGUGUACUCUGAAAAUGGCCAGGUAUGUUUUGCAAAACAUAAGUUUAUUUCCAUUAUUUAAAACUUAUAAUGACAGGGUUUGUAUGCAUCCUGACCUAGAAAGUCCUGUAAUUUCAUUCUGACAUUUUCCAGGACUGGAAAGUCCUGGACAAAGACUACAGGUCCUGGAAAGUCAUGGAAAUAUGCUCAACUCAAGCAGUAAAGCUUUUAGAAUUUACAUUAUUUAAGAAAUGUAUGUAGACAGUAAGAACAAUUGAUUUUGAAAUCUUGGGGAUGAAAAGGUUUAAGAAGAAAUUUGGAGUCCUGCAAAAAUAAAUCUGUGUCCUAGAAAGAGUUGUUGAAAUUUGUUUCUGAAAAAGGGUACAAACCUUGUGAUUAUAGAGCAAUAGAAAGCAGUAUUAAAUUUAAGAGGUUGAGAUGAUGCAGGUCAGCACUGUGGAGAGUAAGUAGGUAGAGGGUGGUAAUUAAAUUGGGGUGCAGUAAUUGAGCAGAAAGGUAAGGAGUAUUGGCAUAAUGUUCUCUUUUUUACUUCGACGAUUAUUUUUAAUUUUCUAGGAGGUUGUUCAAUGGUACAUGGCAAUCAGGAAAGCAAAACUUGAUUUAUUAGGAUACAAUGAAUCUGAUGUUGACCAAGAAAAGGUAAGGUAACCUAUAACUUUCAACACCUAUAAUUUAUAAUAAUAUACUAAUAGUAAUACGUUAUUUAUAUUGCGCUGUUUCUAUUACUAUCCAAUAGCGCUUUUCAAUGUCUGAAAUAAACAUAAAGUGCUUGAAAAUCCCAACUGGCAGGAGACAGACCAGUUGGCUAUUUACACAGCGCAGCUGAAGAGUUGAACUUGUGGCGACGGAAAGCAAAUCCAGUGAGGGGCAGGGUGGAGGACUUGAACCCGGGACCACUAAAUUACAAGUCUAGCGCCCUAACCGCGCAGCCACGCCACCCCCUCUUCUGACUCUAAGGCUGACAAUUUUGUCACCAUAAUCACUACUAUCAAGAAGCUAAGAAGGAACGAACCAAAAACUUUUGGUUGAUGAAACAUAGUUGCGAUAAAAGAAGAACAAUGUUUGUGAUAAUUUGACCAUAAAAAUUUGUUUUUGAGGGGAGGAGCUUGUGGAACCUGUAAAGGAAUCUGAUUGCAAAUUAAAUAUUUGAAGUAAAUCGUAUUUGAACCUGUGGAUUGAAUAAUAACUGUCACUGCUGUUUUUUUCUUUAGUUACAGAACGAACUCACCAGGGACUUCAUUAUGCAAGGAUUUUUGUUUAAGAGAGGACCAAGGGUGAGAGUGGAGCGAGUCAUUAAAUUUUGGGAUCAGUAUCAGUAUCUGGGCAACUGCCCACCUACCCCUCCCCUAACCCAAAAUAACUAAUCAAUUGACUGUUGUUGGGUUAAUGUUGGGUUAGGGGAGGGGUAGGUGGGCUGUUGCCCAGAUACUGAUAUUGAUCCAAAUUUUGUUUGUAACGUCUUAUAAAAAAUGAGCAAUUUAGGUAAUUUGAGUUCGGUAUUAAGUCGAAGUCGAUUCGCUAAUCAAUUACGGGUCAUUUUGCUCCAAAUCGAAAGUCGAUUCGCCACAAACGUAAGUCGUUUUGCUCAAAGAAUAAACAGCGAAACGACCGUAAACGUUCACGACCGCCGGAGCUUAUUACUCCUAAAUGGAUGCCAAAUAAAUCCGUUUAAAAUGUUUUUCGUUAUGUUACAUUCUACUAGGAUGAACCGUGGAAGAAAAGGUGGUUUUCGCUUGAUGGCAGAAGACUUCUGUACUUCGAAGAACCAAUGGUACGUAUAACCAAUAGUACAUGAUAAGAGUACGUGUCCAGGUAUCCGGUGAGGUUUUCAAAUGAGUGGCAAGUAAUCCGGGAUUGCAUUGUUGUGUUUAACAUAGGAUUGCUCCACAGCAAACUGUACUUUGUGUAGAAGACUAGCGCCGCUACCUUAGCCAAUCAGAUGCAAAGCUAGUAGAUUCUAUGCGAUCUACUUGAUAACUUGCGUUUUCUCAAAUUUCAUUAUCGUUUGUUUGCCUGUAUUUACUCUGAGUUCUGAUUGGUUAACGAGACAAUUGCAUUUGCUCUGAUUGGCUGGUUGAAGUCUUCGAAACUCAGUCUUAAACUUUUUCUUGAUUCCAUCCAUGAGGAAUAUUUCUUUCGCGUGGUUUAUCAUGUUUAUCUUAAAAGUUUUUCACAUCACUACCUUUGAAGGAUUUUUCGUCCCUUCCAACGUUGACCAAACUGGGCUUUCUUUAUCGCCCGGUCGGAGAAUUUACCAGAUCCUCCCCAUGAGGUUCUGUGAUAUUCUGGUGAUUCCUCCCACAUUGGUAGUUGAUUGGCAGUUGAUUAGCAGUCAAUGUUUUAUAAUUCCCCUUCAUACUAUGUUGGCGGCGAGUGAUCCUCUCCGUUUGCACUAAAAAUCACGUGAUCCCCCAAAAAGGCCUUCAACCCCCCUCCCCCCCGACCCCAGGCGAGUAAUAAUGACUUUUCCCUCAACUAAAUAGUGACUUUUUGAACAGGACGCUUUGACCAAAGGCGAGUUGAUUAUCGGCUCCAACACUGAAGGCUUUGCCCUCCAAGAGGGAGUCAAGUCAGGAAGGCAUCAGGACGAGGACUACUGCUUCACUCUUACAACUCCUAAACGGGAUUUUGUCAUGAUGGCGAAUACUGAAAAUGAAAGAAGAAUGUGGAUGGACUGUUUAUCAAAAGUCAUUUCGCAACCCAUGACGGAUGAAGACAAAGAAGGUUGGAGUAAUUUUCUUGUAUUUUGCGAUAGAUCGAGUAAGGUAGCAGGGAGCUCAAAGACUUCGAUUUUAUGUGGUGUAAUUUCCCUAAGAAGACAUUAGCACGCUAACAAACGGAUAUGUUUUAGGUUGGUUCCUCUGCCCUGUAUCAAGACAAAUUUUUAGAAACAUCAAACAAAUAUUACUCAGAUCGUGGA